GACCCUUCGCCUCGCCUGGAAACGAAACAACGGGCCUAAGGCUCUAAGCCUCUAACACGGUGGGGGAAGGAGAAUGAGAUGAGACAUGAUGAGUCUAUGGCAUCGUCAUCUUCCUUGGAUUCCUCGAAUUUAAAUUCAACUUCAGGUCUUCUCUCUCUCUUGGAUUUGAACCUGCAACAAGAUCAGAACAUGGAGGAAAUGGACAUUGAUCAGGUAGUCGAUGUCCCUGACACGCCUGAUAGGUUAGCUGCCCAUUGUGGUUUUGGUAAAAAUUGUAUGGAGCUAGAAAGAAAUGUAUCAUCGGCUGUUGAUUUGAGGACUCCUGAUUUUGUGGAUGAAAAAUGCAUGAAUGGACUGAGAGGCAGAAAUAGGCUGUUCAAUGAUAAAGGCCAAAAUGGAAAAUUGGUUAUUCGUUCCCGGAAAAGUAUCAGAAAUGAUGAAUCUAAGGGAUCCAACAACUCUAUUGUUCAUUCCCCAUCAGAGAACCCAUAUGCUCCUCGGAAUGCUUGCAUACUUAGGAGACCAGCAAAAGACGAAAGCUAUAAUCAUAAGACCAGACACUCUAUUGGAGCUGAAAAUAUGGAUAAAGAGAAAGACGCACGCUUUAUGCUUCCUUCUAAAUCAUCUAGCUGCCAAGAAGACACUUUGAGUUUCAUUUCAGGUUCUUCUAAGGCAUCUAGCAAUGCCUAUAAAGGUAAGGAAAAAUUAGAGGAUGAUACAUUUAAAGUUCCUGGUUUGGCUUUGGCUCUCGGAAAAGGAGCUAAUAUGUCCAUUGAUUCUCAACAUGAAACUGUAAAACAAAUGCCAGUGCCUGUUAGUUCCCUUACCCUUCCAAGAUUCAGUGGGCAAAAAAGGUUGGUUCGAAAUGGUUGUAUCUCUCCACUUAAUAUAGCAACAAGGGCAAAACAAUUAGCUGAACGGCAAAGUACCAGUUCCACUGUUGAACAGAGUCAUUUGGGGGCAAUGGUUUCCAAAAGUCCGCCUUGUCUGACAAAUAUAAGGGACAUUGUUUCGGAAGACAAUAGUGGCAAUAGAGUGAAAGGAAAAGGUGUUAGUAUUCAUCCUUCUGCAUCAAAGGAGCAAGGUGCCAAUAUUGUUUGCACAACUGGCAGCCCUGUAAUUAAUAAUGAAGAGGCAGAUGGAAGUAGUUAUGUCAGUGGAGAUCCAUUUGGAUGCUCUGAAGAACUACGUGGCUGGAGAAGCACACGGAAUCGAUCAAAGAAAACUGGUCAUCCCUUGUCUGAGAGAGCUGGGUGUCUAUCUGGUGUUGAAAGUUUUGUCACUCAACAACAUGAAAACAGAGUGGAGAGAAGAGAUGUUGGGAGUGGAAUAAACCAUAGGGCUCAAUUUGAUUUUGUAAAAGAUCAUGAUGCAGCUGAAACAGCUUCUAAGAUUGUCUCUGAGGCUGACCGCAUUGCUGGACCACAUCGUGCAGCAAAUACACUUAUUAGAAGGCAAAAGAAACAUAAAUUGACUUCAAGGAAUGCUGGUGAAUGCUCUACAUCGGUUUCUAAUGACUCAGAUAUUGUGUUUCUUGGUUCAUCUUGGGAAUCAUUUAAUUCGAGAUCAAUCAGAGACCGUAAUCGUCAACCUCAGGGCAGUUUGCAUCAAGUAAUUGAAGUUGAUGAAUUAUCACCUGAAAUGACUCAACCCAUCUCCCGUGGUUUGGAGUGUAUGGAUAACGAUGACUCAGAUGCUAGGGCAAGACAAUUAGAAGCAGAUGAAUUAUUGGCCCGGGAACUCCAAGAACAACUAUAUCAGGAGGUGCCUGUUGUUGGAGGCGGUGAGAUUGAUGAAAACUUAGCAUGGGUCCUGCAGCAGGAAGAUGUUUUCGACGGCUCUUCUGGUGGAAGUCACAAUGAAUCACAUCUUAGAGGCUCAUUGGCAUCACAUGCACAUAGACAACCUGUGUCUCGGUUUUCUCAAAACCCUUUAACUAGGAGAGGAACCCAGGCUCGAGCUCCUACAUCUCGACGAAUAGCACAGUCAAUGGGAGCCCAGGUGAGAGUUCCUACCUCUAGCAGAAUAGCACGGUUGAGGAAUCGCUUUUCCAGACAUUCUCCUGCAUUGUCAUCAAAUGGAAGGAAUCUACGGUUUCCUUUGGACAUGGAUUUAGACAUGAGACUUGAUAUAUUGGAAGCAUUAGAGACUGCAGUUGGGCACCUUAGUGAUGGGAGUACGGCUAAUAGCAUCCUUCAAGUGCAGCGUGAUUUCAAUGAAAAUGAUUAUGAAAUGUUGUUGGCCCUUGAUGACAAUAAUCACCAACACGGCGGUGCAUCUGUCAGUCAGAUUAAUUGUCUGCCACAGUCUACUGUACGGACCGACGCUAGUGAAGAAGCUUGUGCAAUCUGUCUUGAAGUCCCAACUACUGGAGAAACCAUUCGCCACCUCCCCUGCUUACACAAAUUUCACAAAGAUUGCAUUGAUCCGUGGCUGAGCAGAAAAACUUCAUGCCCAGUUUGCAAGUCUUCCAUUACUUAAUUUGCAUUGAGAUUCCAGUGCUCAAGUAAUCAUGUUGUAGUGAAUUACUAAUUUACUUCACAUCUGCAAGCAUUCUUAUUUUGGGGCUAAAGCUAUAAUUUGUUCAAUCAUAUUAUUCUGCCCAUUAGAUGAUUUUGUAAUGGGAAAGUGUGCACAGUGGCAGACUGCAUAUCAUAUUCCUGUUUCAUUUGAUUUUAGAAUCCCUACAUUUUAAAGCACGAAUUUUAAGAGAAGCUUAAAUUGAUGGGUCCGUUGAAUAUUUA